AUAUCAGUGUAUUAUUUUAUUGUGAAAAUUUUAUCUAACAUUGCUGCAACACGAUGGGAGGCGGAGACUUAAAUUUGAAAAAGUCAUGGCAUCCGUCUACCAUGAAGAACAUCGAGAAAGUAAGGAAGGCGGAGCAGCAAAAUGAUCAAGAGAAUAAGCGGAUAGCAGAGUUGAAAAGGGAAAUUGAAAUGGAGAAAGAUUUGGAAGACAUAAAAAAAUAUGCUGUAGAACAAGGUGUAAUAGAGAAAAAGGAUGAUAAGAAAUUAGACUGGAUGUAUAAAGGGCCAAAUCAAACAAUUAACAGAGAGGAGUAUUUGUUAGGAAGACCAGUUGAUAAGGCUUUUGAGCAAAUGCAACAGGCAGAAAAAGAUUCAGAGAUGAAUAGAAUGCCAAAAAAUCAUGUUGAAUAUGAAUGUAUUCCACCAUCGCUGCGAUUUUUCUCUGGUAACGAACAAGUUGAUUUGGCUAGAAAAAUACAAGAAGAUCCUUUAUAUUCCAUAAAGAAGAAAGAAAUGGAAACAAGGAAUCAACUUUUGAAAAAUCCUGUUAAAUUAAAACAACUCAAGGAAUUGCUCGAGCAACAAUCAUCCAAAAAUAAAAGUGAAAAGAAGAAAAAGAAGUUGAAGCAGAGUGAUAGUAGCGAGGAUGAGGCUAAGUUGGAUAUUUUAUUAGCCACUAAGUAUAAACAAUUGAAAGAUAAUAUCAGUGAAAAAGAUUUGCUAAAAUCGAUGAAGAAAAUAAAACAUAAGCGAACGAAAAAGUCAAAGAAGCAUCGUAAUUCUGACAGCGAAACAGACAGCAGUAAUGAUGACACUUCUGUUAAAAAAAGACGACACAAACGAAGAAAACAAAAGAAAAAUAGAAGUGAUAGUGAUGACAGUACUGAUAGUAAUAGCAAGAACAUCACUAAACGUGAGACAGAAAAUAAAACGGAAUAUGAUAGGAAAUAUUCGAGAAACGAUACAAAAUUAGAUGAUAUCAAGAAACAAGAUAGAAAAAGAAAAUUGAGUGAAGAUAGAAACUUGAAGUACAAAAGAAGCCAAAAGUAUGGAGAAGAAGAUAAUAAGAACAAUAAACGGCAACGAUAUGAUAAUAAACAAAGAGAUGACUCAAGAAAUAAAUACAAUGAUAAAAGAAGAUACUCAGUGGAGAAGGAAACAACGAUAUCUAAUAGCGGAAAAACAUCAGCCGUUAAAUCUACCUCCAAUACUGAUCACAUUAAAUUUAAGGAUAGAAAAGAAGAAAAAUACAGACCAAAAACAAGACCAAGUCUUACCGAGGAGGAAAAGGAACAGCGGCGAAAAGAGAUGAUGGCAAACGCAGUGUGGCGUGAUAAAGAAAGAGAGAAAAAUGUGAAAAUGUAUCGCGAACAAGAGAAGAAAGAAGAUCAAAAUAUUACAUCGAAUAAUAAGGAUUUUAUUAGAAAACAAUUGGUCGUUGCAACAGAAGUGGGUACUGUCGCGUCUAGGAUCAAAGCUAACAUUAACAAUAUACAACGUUCUGGACGAGCAAUGGAUACAAAUUUCGCUAAAAGAUGAUUUUAACUCCAGUUAUAUAUAUAUUUUGUACAGUUACUUUGUACUAGCAAGUUUUUAUGUAAAAA